CGAUUGCAUAACUCAAAAUGACUAAUUCCUAUGAACCAGUCUCUACAUUGAACAAAAGACCGGUUUUGCUCGAAUUAUUUUGAGUUAUGUAAUUUUAAGCGUGUUGGACGUAAACAACAUAUCUUGUCUACAACUUUGGGAAGGUACCGAUAUCACUUUGUAAAAUCCUCAGUUCUGGCUGUAUCCCUAUAAAAUCACAAGGACGUCAAUGUUAAGUCGUUGGGCUAUAUCUCUGGGAUGAGAAAUAUUUCCUUACAUGCGAUCAAAAUGUUUUAUACAACGAUGUAAAACGGUAAUCUUAUGGAAUGGGUCAGCAUCUCCAUUUCCAACACAGUUUCUGAGAUGUAAUUCAAGAGGUAACUUAUCAUUGCAUUUGAACUAUUAUAUCAGUUGGUGUUAUUCUGUGCGAUAAGCGAAUAUUAUUGGAAAGAGGGCUGCCAAAUACGUUGAAAUCACCAAAUAAACAGCUUAUGUACACAUUUCUCCACUUCGUCGUAAGUUUACAGAGCAGAUUUUAUACCUUGGCACUGGUCUUUGUCUUUGAUAUGAACAUUUAUUCCCCUAGUUUAAGGUUAUUUAAGAUUCAUCCUGUCGUAAGUCUUCUACUAGCAACCAAUCGACAAUAUUUCACUUUAGCGUUGUCUUUGCCGUUACGUUGGCUUCGCAUUACUUUUGUUUUAAAUACCUUGAUCGCGUUAAAUUAGUUAUUUUUCAGGCCAGUGAUAUAGCCAAAAGACUUAGCAUUAACGUCCUUGUGAUUUUACAGAGAUAUCGCUAGAACUGAGGAUUUUAGAAGGCGUUAUCUGUACCUUCUCAAAGUUGUAGACAAGAUAUGUUGUUUACGUGCAACACGCAUAAGAUUACAUAACUCAAAAUAAUUCGGGCAAAACCGGUCUUUUGUGAAAAGGAAGACUGGUUAAUAGAAAUUGGUCGUUUUGAGUGAUAUAAUCGUGUGGCGUCAUCGAUCCGUGUCGUUGAACAAUGAAAAAAUUUGUUGUGAAAUUAGCGAAGAUAAAAUAGCAUUUUGUGAGAAAACUGCGGGUUUACGGCGCGGGAAGUUUUCGGAUUCGAACUCAGCGUGCUUGAAAGUGUUAGUUCCCGUAAAAAUAUUUCAGUUCCAAGACAUGCUUAAUGAAAGUGAACGAUAUCAGGACGCAGCAAACGGCCUAUGGUUAAUAUGAUCACUAUAUAAUUAUUGUGACUAAUUUUUAAACUAUGAAGUAUUGAAUUAACCAGAUCAUGUUAGGUGGAAUAUAUAUUAACCACGAAUUAUUGGUUAAUAGUCCUAGGACUGGAUCAAUAUACUUCACCAGGUAACCAGUAUUACCAUGUGAGUAAAAUAAAGCAAUAUGGUUGCAUAAUCUGGUUAACUUAACAAUAUAGCCUGGUUAAAUUAACAAGAAAUCAUGGUUAAAUUAGCCAUGAUAGCACAGAAUAAGGCAUACAGAAGGUCGACUCGAGUAACCGCUGCCACGCCACGAUUCAUCAUCAAAAUGCUGACACCAUGGUCCUAGCCAGUGCGCGUUUGAGAGGCAUUCCUCCCUGGACGUCCGCCAUUUUGAAUAUUAUCAGGGGGGGUGAAUGCCUCUCAAACGCGCACUGGCUAGGACCAUGGCGUCAGCAUUUUGAUGACGAAUUACGGUUACGCCAAAAUCAUUGGAAAAUCAUAGGAAAAACCAAAAAGUCGGCCUUCUGUCUACCAUAUUCUGUGACGAUAGUGAUCAUAUUAACCAAGACUAUGGUUAAAUUAACCAGGAAAUUUAACCAGGAACAUUAAGUUACCCCAAACAAUGUUAAGUUUACAUUAACCAGGAAAUUUUUACCAGGCUGUUUUUAGAGCACCUCAAAGCAUUAAUUAAUAAAGCAUAAGUAAAUUAGCCAGCCAUAAUGCUUUAUUUUGCUCACAUGGUAAUACUGGAUACCUGGUGAAGUAUAUUGAUCAAAAUUAAUUCAGUCCUUGCACUGGAUCAAAAUGAAUUCAUCUCACUUUUCAAGUCCUCGCAUUUUGAUACAGUCCUCGGCUUUGCCACAGACUUGAUCAAAUUGUGGGGACUUGAAAUCUAAAACUCAAGAUUGCUGGCCACAAGAAGCUUUUCGCGGAUGGGGGAGAGAUUUCUGUGGUCCAAUCAGUGGCAGACACUAGAAGAGACCAAGGGGAAACUGCCUCCUCCGUAUAAUUUCUGAAAGCCGUAGAAUGAUAGCUGAAUAUAACUGUCUAAGAAAGCUGUAAAAUAAGUUUGCACUGAGAUUUGCAGCUACAAACGGUGGUCUUAUGUUGGCAUCCCCACCUCCCACCCCAAUAUUUCGCGAAGCGUUCGCCAAUGGGUCCAUUGCUUCUUGUAGAAAGCAUCAUAAAGCAAAGGCGGAACAAUAAUUGCGCAAUCAUUGAACAAGUGCGGGGCUCCCAGUGCAUACUUAAUCCCACCGAAACAAUUAGUAUUCAAAACAUUUCAUUUCUCUUCAUAGUUUACGUACGACAAGGAUGGAAAAGCGUUUAAGACAUCAACAGAGGAAACAUCUUCAGCACCUUCAAGUAAGCUUCAUGUUUACAUUGUAAUAUUUCCACCCGCUGAUGCAUUCCUUAACCAGUCAUAAGUACGUACCUUUAUCUAUUUAUUUAUAAUAGCGCUUUUUGGUUAUCUUUUGAAUUGAACUAUUAAUUGACAUCCGAAAAGGGGGUGGGGAGAACGAGAGGCGGCUGCCCUUUCUCAGAAGGGUACCUAAUAUAUUUAGAAGAAAGUACUUGUUGUAAUAUGCAUUAAAAAAACCAUACCAAAUGUUAGUCAUAAAAAAUGUAGGAAUUAGUGCAACUAAAAAUGUAUUGAUCAAGAUUUUCUUCCAAAUUGUUUUAAAAAUACGUAUCACCUUGACUAUUAAAUUGAUAAUCUUAUACUAAACCAACAUAUUACGGUUGGUGAGAUUCUGCCCGCACCCCCUCAACACCCCUUCCACACCCCCUCCACACCCCUUCCUCUUUGAACAUAUGUUUUGGUGUUUGUGCUGUACUUGCUAUAAAAUUUUGAAUUUUAAUUUUAAUGAAAUGUUAAUCAGCUGAGUAGCAUGCAGCUAAAAGCUGAAAUAUACAGAAUUAAUUACAUGCAAUAUUUCAGAACGUAGUAAAAAGAACUCUUAAUAACAUAUACUACCUGAAAAAUUUUAAAACUACGUAAUACCAUAUGUUACUACCAUGCAAAUUUUAAGUAUCGCUAAAACGUCUAAAUAUUAAGAUAAUGAGUCAUUUAAGCUAAAAUACUUGAAGGUAAAAAUGAAUUUUGAAAUCUAUUAGUUUUAUAUUCAAUUAAAUUGACAUCGUUAUCAUUACGAAGACUAUAAUUGACUAAGUUCUCACGUCUAUCAGGAACGAGUUCGUCAGAGGCGCCGGAAUAUCGAUAAUUGCGGGGGCAGAUAUUCAUAUAUUCGUGUUCACAGACUGUAAAAACAAUCGAUUUCAAAAGAAAUUAAUUGGGCAGAACAGAAAAUAUAUGAAUAUCUGCUCCCCAAUUAUCGAUAUUCCGGCGCCUCUAGAGUUCGUGCAACUUGUGUUUGGGGUGAAGAAGUUUUUUGAAAUAUGACAUACGUAGAUCAUUUCUUCUUUGACUAAGUGAUUGAAUGCCAUUAAGUUUCAUAACUUCCCGGUACGAUAGAUCUGGAUGUAUUAUUCGUAAGGCAUGUUUUUGAAUUCGUUCAACUUCUUCUUUUAAAUAAUCUGGAGCACCAUAGUUCCAAACCUGGCAUGCGUAUUCAAGGAUAGGCCGUAUACAUGUAAAAAAUACUUGAAUUAGAGAAUUGUUUAAGUACUCGGAGAAAGUAUAGUCUCUUUGAUGCUUUUGCUACGAUGUAUUCAAUAUGCAAGUUCCAAUGAAGAUCAGACGAGAAAAUAAGACCAAGGACUUUUGCUGACGAAACCUGGGAAAUACAAUGUUCUCCAACGAACAGUGAAGAAUGAUGGAGCAUCAUUUAGUAUCAAUGACGUUAUUUUGAUGAAGUGAGACUCCAGAUCUGUAGUUUGAUUGCAGGCUUGACCGGAGAAAGAGAUUCGUCGGGCUGUAAUAGUGCUGGAAGGUAUAAAUUUCUUGCAACAAUGAUAAUAAUUCCUUAUUCAUCUGUCUAUAGAUGUUACUGCAGACGAGAAACCAAAGGCAGUUCAACAAAAGUCAAAAGGUCAGUGAAGCGGCUAAUUUAGAUUUAUAAUUUGUAACUUCCAGUUUAGGGUAAUCACGCCGAGAUGAAAAACUCCUUGUACAAAGAGGUCAAAAAGGUGUUACUGGAACUUUUUCAAAAUUCUAACUAUAGAAAUAUGGAAAUUGGAAGUAAUUUGGAAAUCCAAUUCCUUGCUAAUUGGCAUUUCCAUAUUAUGGCUUUGGUAUGGAAACACUGUAAUUUCACUAUUUAUUGCAGUGUGUUCUUCCAACUUCAUAGCUAAUCGUUACACCGGCGUCAGUCUCUGUUGGCUACAAAUUUAAUAACCAAUAGAGAGUGCUUUAUGACGAUCUGCCCCUAUUACCUUUUAUAAUUCUACCGUCCAUGAAUCUAAUCUAAUACUCUUUUAACGACGGAAAUUGAAAGAAUGAAUGUUAGUUAUCUAUCCUAUUUUUCAUAUAAUUGUUUGCAUUUAUUAAUAUAUGUAGUAGUUGAAGACGUUCGCCCCAGUUCUCCACAAAGACUUGUGUUUAGUAUGGCAACGUUAGAUAUCAUUGAUGAUGACGAUGAUCGUCUGGAGUUUGUACCAGUUGUGGAUCAUGGGGUAGAUCGUGAGGAUAUUGUCGUAGCUGAACAAAAAAUCGCAGAACGGUCAACGUACGGCGGAUAUGAAAGUGAUCCAGUAUUGAUUCAAGAAAAUCAAAGACAUCACGAAAUGCUUCAGGAAUUAAUAGGUAAGUUCCCUAUAACAUUUUAUCCCACCAUGCGAUUUGCAAACGCGACCCAGGACACUUUUCUAUUAGGAGAUAGACUAGUAUUCUAUUUCUGGUAUGUGAGGAGGCAUGAUAAAGGCGACGUCGUACAUGAUCCACCAAGUUUGUAGUCUGAUAAGUGAAAAGGAGCGCAAAGAUGUUAAUUUGGUGAGAGUAAAGUUCGUGGGGGAAACAAUUACAUUUAUCUUGCGAUAUGUCAUCCCCGAAGUAGUGUUUCAUCGCUUAUAAGCUAUAAUAGAGAUAUUUCUUCAGCUGGUAGGGAGAAAUACAAGCACAUUUCUGUAUUCAUUUUACUCUAUUCGUACCCUCCUUUCACUGUAUAGAGAUUUCCAUAUCAGGAUAAAACAAAUUGAUUUGUGCAAUUUCAGAACUGGACAGGCGGACUACACCUGGAGAGUGCUCAAAAACAGUGAAAGGUCAGAAAAAGACCGAGCCAAUAGAAAAUACUCGAAGACCACCUUCUCAGCAAGCUUCGUCAUCUACCUCACCUGUAAAGAUACCUGUCACAUAUUCUUCUCCAGAGCAACCUGAGGAAACUGGAAACAAGCCAGAAACAGCUAAGCCAGCAAAUGAUAAAGUUGAAGGUGCUCCGUUGUGUCAAACCAAAGACACAAAAUCAAUUGUACUUGAUGAGAACUUAAUGGAAGAUUUAACACCUGAUACAAAAAGGAAAGUGUUUCGUAAAGCGUUCAGUAUGAGAAUAAAUCGUAACGAUGAAACACCAAGUGAGAAAGUCGAAACGGUUGCUAAAGAAACUAGAGGUUCUGAAAUAGAAAAACGGCAUUCGUUCAGUGGCGGUGAAAGAGUACAGCCAAUAAGUACGUGUAUUAUGUUAUUCCUUUUCCUCUAUUAUCAUAUAGUCUAGCAGCUAAUAUGGCUGGGUGUUGGGGCCACAGUGCACAUACAAUAUUACCUCUGCGACUGGAUUACGGAUCAAUAAGGAUGCAACUACCUAAAAAAUACAAGGAGAAAUUUGACGUUCUAUCGAUCCGACGUUUUGAAUUCUUAUUAUUAUUGCAUUACCUAUACUGGCACAGAAUGUUCUCUGAAUUUCAAAUCAACCCAGGUUUUCUCCUAUAGUAACAUCUAUAACGCUUACUGAACUUCUAGAAAGAAAAGUUUAGAAUGGUAGAGUCGUCAAAUUACCUGAGUUAACCAGGAAUUUUAACCAGACUGUUUUUAGAGAGUGUUGUAGUAUGCUUCCCUGACAUACUGUGCAGGUGAUCUCAUUAUGCCAAACUUAACAAAACAAUGAAGUCAUUUAUACUGGGCAACUCUAUCAUUUCUAAACUUUCGUUCUUUUUGAGUGUCACGGAAGAAUAGGAACUGAACGUUGGACCUUUUCUCUCGUUUAGCAAAAUCGGGUAGUGAUGUUUCUCUUAAUAGUCUGUACGACUCGACGAAAUCUGUAUUGGUAGUGGAAGCGAGGGAAAGAGAGCAAAUUAAGUGAGUUCUGAAAUAUUUAUUUAGUUUAUUUUCAGUCUAUAUCAUCAAGUGUAAUUACUUUAUACAUAAUGACGUCACAAGGCUUGAUGCCCGAUGGCCAUUUUGAAUUGUUUAAUUUUCCCGGACGAUGACUACUAAGACCAGCCUUCCUCUCGGACAUCAAGCCUUGUGACGUCAUUAUACAUAAGGUCUAUUGUUCAGAACGAAGAGCUGUUGUAGUAUAUGCAUGAAUUUCAUAAAUUGUUGUGCUUCUUAGAACUGUGAUAUUAAUUUUACUUCCUUCUUCUCGUCCAGAAUCCUAGAAACAAUGUUCCUGUCAUCCGCUAUUUAUAAUGACUCCAGUUGCUUUACGUUUCAAUUUCUUUGUAUUUGUCCCGUAUGUAUUAUACAGUAGUUAUUAACAUCUGUAGCUGGAAUAAUAUAUAAUGCUAUACACGUUUGUAGGUAUUAUCAAAUUCCGCCACUAAUGGCCAAACGUGGAACGUUUGAUCAUAAAGGAACUAAACUGCAUAUUUGCAAUGACCAUCUCUUCGUCGCAACCCACUUCUCGGGGACGUAAGUUUGCAUAAUUUGUAUAACUAUAGCAAUACUGUAAACCUUUCGAUGCUAAUAAUGAUGUUGACUUAAAGCUGCUACUGCAGGUCGAAGGCAGAUAUAUAUUUACUUAUGUUGGGUAACUUUCCUGUUUACUGAACACUGUACGUUGAACACUUCACGCUCAACUAAACUAAUCAAGCGUUGGGAACUACACAAAUGCCGCUUUCAGUUCUUUACGUUUUUGUAGUGUUUGUACCAUCCAGGUAUUUGGUUUUAAGAAUUUCAUUUAUUCCUACGUUCUUCUUAGUUUACCGUCUUGCAAUGUUUGCAAGUUACCGCUGACUGGCUACUUCGGAAAACAAGGCUAUGAAUGUCGAGGUAUUUUAUUUACUAUUGCUUCUCACCCUUAGCAACCAGUCCAUACAUGCAAUAGUACCUAAUAAAAUAAUAUUAGAAUGCCCUAUUUAAUGGGGAAGCGAAACUAUGGUUUAACGUACCAGUUUGAGAAUCCACAUGUGCCAUGCAUGGAAUGGAAUCCUGCAUUGAAUGGGGGAAAACAGAGUACUAUUGAAACGCAGUACUAUGGUACUAGGCUAAUACACCCUUCCGGAAUGUACAUCACCUUGGCUAUAGAACCUCGUUUAUGUGAUUGAGACGUGAGCUUUAACUGAGGUCCAGAUACACGAAAACGAGGCUCUGUAGCCAAAGUGAGUACUUUCCGAAAGGUUGUAUUGAUGUGUAUAAGGCCUACAAUCCAGACCAUGUCAAACCGUGAGUGUUACUGUGUGAGUGUUACUUUUUAUUUCUAACCUAUUGGUUAGUGUUACCGAUAAAAAUCGGUACACCCAAAUCGGUUGAAAACAUUUUCAGUAAAAUGAAACUGCACACAAAGAGGUUAAUUAAGUUUAGUCGACGGAUUAAAAUCGAGCCACUGCCUAAAUCCUACUGUGUGUGUCAGUGUUUAGAAAUAAUAAUUUGCACUAAAAAUAUUGUUUUUUAUAAAAAAAAUAGACAAGGUCAUUACAACCAAAUAGCAAAGAAUACCAAAUUUCUGUAUUAAAAUCGUGUUUCAUAUAACGUAACGUUUUGAGAACAUGCAUAGUAUGGUGAUGGAACAAACGUUUUAAACGAAAAUGUUUUUCUUGAUAUUAUUUAGAUUGUCACAUGAUUAGUCACAAGCGAUGUCAUUAUGAAACGAGUAGUGUCUGUACAAACAGCACAUUAUCGUCCUUAAGGAUGUGAGUAUAUAUACCAAAUAUUUUAUGCACCAUUACAUCUAUGUAUAUGUUAAAUAUGCAAUGCCUGAUUGAAACCCCAUCCAUGUUAUUUUUUAUGAUUUUAUGAUUUACAUAUUUUGCUACUGUUGGUUAUUUUAGUAAGAAAGCUGCAUCUAUAUAUGGAUACAAAUAAAUAUUAUAAACCUUACGAUGUGGUAAGCAUAAAAUAAAACUAAAUAAAUAAUAUCCACUAAUUGAAUAAUACUGGUUAAUUUAUAAUAGUCAAAUAGAUAUUAGUGAAUUAAAAUGAGACAUUGAUUAUGUUUUUAAACAUAAUUAAAAGUCCAAACUUAAAACAAACUAAAAGAUAAAAGAGAUAUAAAAUGCAUAAAGGUAAAAGGGGUAUAAAAUACAUAAAGACAUUUAAAUUAUAAAGAUAUAGUACUAUUCAAAUUUGAAUUAUCUUAAAUCAUUUUUUAUUAAAAGACGUUUCUUUUUCCUAUUUAGCGUUAUCCUGGAGGACAAGCCAGAGUGAAGCACUGACCUGAUCGAAACAUUCUAUGGGAGAGUGUCAACAUGAUCGUGAAUUGUUAACAAUCACAGCAGCAGAGAAGAUGUGAAAUAAUUAUUUUUAAUCUAGGAGCUCUACUUUUACUUGUCUAAAUAUUGAGGAUGUGCUCAUUUUAUCCCGCUUUUUCGAGAUGGGCGGAAUCGAUUUUUAAUGAAUUGAGAUAGGUCACGUGACUUUCAAGAAAAGUCAAUAACUGAUCAGUAAAAGAACUGAAAUGUUGUGGGUCAGGUCCUGUAGUUUAAUAGAAUUGUGAUAAAUUAAUAUUGUGACUCUUUAAACUUUUGUAAUUAUUCAAUCAGCAAUUUUUACUAGUUCAUCAAAAUCACUGCUUCUGCCUCCCACCCGUCCCGCAAAGCAGCACAAUGAGCACAACUUGCAGCAAUCUUUAAUCAGUCGCAUCACUGAGAAGAUUUUUUAUGGAUGCAUGGGAUGUCGUAUAAAUUCGUUAAUGUUAGUUGACAAUUUAAUGUUAGUUGACAAUACAAUUACUGUACAAUCCGUGCUAUAUAACGUGCUCUGGAUAUUGAAUGUCGUUUGGCUUAGGUUUGCUGCAGACAAAUGAGAAUAUUGUAUAUGUACGGCAACAAAUGAAUUUUUUAAUGUUUUUAAUGAAUAUAUAUAUAUAUAAUAAUGUACCAUUUAACUGUUGUACAUGGCCAAGUAAACAUAGUGGUACUCGAAUGGAG